AUGUCCUCUAUAUCUCUACUACAAGAUGACGAUGGAUACGGUACGCCACUCCACAUCGCCGUUUUCUGCGAUAAUCUCGAGGCAGCAACACUUCUGCUAGAUGCGGGUGCCGAUCCCUUGGCUCCUGCAAGCGGUAUGGAUGAUCGAGCUACUGCACUUACAAUCGCUGGGAGGGAGGGCAAGCAGCCUUUUCUAUACCAGCUCUUGAAUCACAUCAAGCCUCCCCAGGAUUCUCACGUUUACAAUGAUCUUCAAUAUUGUUUCCUCGAGUCCGCAGCUUGGGGCCAAGUCGCCUGUGUCGCCAAUCUCAUGGACUGGUGGGACGGGUGGACCAUUGAGACAAAGCAACUAGCUCUCAAUUAUGCCGCUCAGCGCUGGAAAGUUUGCGUUGCCGAAUUUCUCAUCUCAAAGGCCAAGUACGAUCAAAAGGCAUUGGAUAGUGCGCUUGCUCGUGUGAUAGACUACAAAGUCUAUAUGAACUCUACCAAUGAAUACCGUAUCGAUUACGAAGGUGUUGACUACUUCGAACAACAGCAGUUGACCAAGCUACUCAUACGCACUGGAGCUAACCCCAACACCUCUCAUUUCGGGAUGCCUCUUGUCAUUUAUACUUCUCGGAACAUAAACUUGAUUGGUGCUUUGAGCGUGCUUCUGGAAAAUGGAGCUGAUCCCAAUACGAAAGACGACAAGGGAAGAACCGCUUUGCAUCAUCUUGGCGACGCACAAUCUGUCUACCAGGGAGUCCGCGCACGACGUGUUAACGAGAGCGGAAUCUGGCUUCUUCUCGGCCACAUAGCUUCCAUUCUUCUGAAAGACCAAUCUGGUACCAAGCCUAUUCAUGAAGCAGCAUAUGGAACGAACUUGAGGCUACUUCUGCUGCAGUUGUUUACUCUUCCCAGCGAUGCAGAGAGGCAUGAAUCUAUUCUAACUACUAACAAAUAUGGUACAACCCUUCUGCAUUAUGCAGCUGCUGGUGCCAAGCUCGAUAUCAUCGAGUAUCUCGUUUCCCAAGGCCUAGAUGUUAAUCGAACCAACGAAAACGGCUGGACACCAUUGAUGUGUGCUUUGGUGCCAAUAUCCUCUGGCUUCUCUGACGAUGGUAAGGCAAAAGCUAUAUUGAAUGCCAUCCAAGCAGCUCAAAUUCUGCUCGAUCACGGAGCUGACCCACUGGUAACAACUGCCGAGGGCUGA